AUGCCUUCCACUAAGACUCCUCCCGUCAUUGACUUCUCUGACUACCUGUCUGGGGACCAGAAGCGGAUGGAGCAUUGUGCGGCCCAGAUCAGAGAGGCUUGCCUUACCCAGGGCUUCUUCCAGAUCGUCAACCACGAUAUCCCUCUCAGUUUGCAGAAGGAGAUGUUCAAAAUCUCCAAGGAAUUCUUCGACCUCCCUUUGGAGGAGAAGAUGAAACUGGAUAAAUCCCUGAACUCGUACAACCGUGGCUAUGAGGUCAUGCACGGGCAGAUGAUUGAAGCCAACACUAAGCCGGACCUGAAAGAAGGCUACUACGUGUCGCGCGACCUGCCUCUUGACCACCCUCAAGUCAAGGCAGAGAAGUUCGCUCAUGGACCCAAUGUAUGGCCAGAGGCCCUUGGCGAGCCCUUCCGCCGAACCUGCAUGGACUACCUCCACCGCAUCGUGAAGCUCACAGAGGAGGUUAUGGGCGCCAUGGCCAUGAGUCUCGGCUAUGACAAGAACUACUUUGACGAGUUCUGUACCGACCCUAUGUGCUUCUACAAGCUGCUGCACUACCCUCCCCAGCCUGAUGACGCACAUGCUCUCCAGCGCGGUAUUGGAGCCCACCGUGACUUUGGCGUUAUCACGCUCCUCCUACAGGGUGAUGUACCCGGGCUGGAGGUGUGGGACGACGAAGCCAAGGACUGGUACCCAGCACCUCCGGUAGAGGGCGCGUAUGUGGUCAACAUGGGGAACCUGUUCGAGCAGUGGACGAACGAUGCUUACGUGUCUAAUGUGCAUCGUGUCAUCAACCGCUCAGGCGAGGAGCGCUUUUCCAUCCCCUUCAACUACAAUGGUAACCCCGACUUUGUCAUCCGCUGCAUCGAGAGUUGCCGCAAGAGUAGCGAAGAGGAGAAGUACGCCCCUAUCAGUGUCGAGGACUAUGUUGUCCAGAAGUAUAAAGAUGUCUAUGCCCGCGCUGGCGUCUAUAAGAAGGAGACUUUUGCGCCCUCAGCUAAGCAUGUAGUAGCUGCUUAG